AUGAAAUUUGUGAAUAUUAUAAGAAACCUUCAUUAUAAUGCAGUUUGGAGAUGUACAUUUUUGAGAAUCCACCCUCUAAGCUAAAUUCCUGGAAUGCAGGGCUUAUAAGAGUUCAGUGAUUCUGAGGAUUGGUCAGAAGAAGAGAAUCCUUCAGAUUUAGAGAAUGUGGAGGAAUUCGAUUCUAGUGGUGAUGAGAAAGAUUAAAAUUUUGGGGAUAGAAAAUGA